UUUUCCUCUCCACCAUACCGUGCUUUUCCUGUUCCUCUCCUCACCUAUCUCUGUUCUGAUCUCCAAAGUUUCAACCCGACUCAAUGCGGCUAUAAACUCUCUCGUAGUCUUCCGCCGCAGUACCCUAGAGCCGCCGCCACAGUGCUGUAGCUUAGCGUCACCGCCGACGCCUCACCACCAACCCAUCCGCCUCUCGCGCGCGUCGCCGCCAUCGCCGUUCCCACUUCGACAUUGGUUUUUGAGCAGGUUCGUGGAAUGGGAUCAAAAUCUGUGGACGAAGUGCUUGAUGCCGCCGCUGCCGGGGUUCACUACUCAGCAUUCCGUUUAGAAGAGCUGAACCUCCAAGCCUCUUUGUCCGGGGUGGAACAACCAACCACAUCAGGCCUGGAGAAUGGGCACCAGGAGCCAUUUGUCAUUGGUGUUGCUGGGGGUGCAUCCUCAGGUAAAAGUACCGUAUGCAAGAUGAUCAUUGAUCAGCUGCGUGAUCAGCGUGGCGUCGUUGUUGUGACCCAGGAGUCUUUUUAUUAUGGACUAUCUGAUGAGGAAUUGGUCCAUGUUCAUGAUUAUAACUUCGACCAUCCAGAUGCGUUUGAUACGGAUUUGCUGCUCUCUUGUAUAGAAAAUUUGAAACACGGCAAAGCUGUUGAUAUUCCUAAUUAUAGCUUUAAAACAUAUAAGAGUGCCCCGAGCGAAAGGAAGGUUGAUCCUUCAGAUGUUAUUAUUCUGGUAGGAAUUCUAGUUUUCCAUGAUUCGCGUGUCCGUGAUUUGAUGAACAUGAAGAUCUUUGUUGAUACAGAUGCUGAUGUGCGAUUAACAAGGAGGAUCCGUCGUGACACCAUUGAGAAGGGCAGAGAUAUCAAAACUGUAUUAGAUCAGUACUCGAAAUUCGUUAAGCCUGCCUUUGACGACUUUAUCCUCCCAACGAAGAAGUAUGCUGAUAUUAUCAUCCCACGAGGCGGAGAUAACAAUGUGGCAAUUGAUCUAAUCGUUCAGCAUAUUCGCACUAAGCUUGGUCAACACGAUCUAUGCAAAAUACACCCCAAUUUGUAUGUCAUCCAAACUACUUAUCAGAUACGAGGCAUGCACACAAUAAUACGAGAUGCUGCCACAACAACACAUGAUUUUAUAUUUUAUGCUGAUCGGUUGAUUCGAUUGGUUGUUGAGCAUGGCCUUGGUCAUCUUCCUUUCCAAGAAAAGCAGGUCAUAACUCCGACUGGAUCAGUUUACACUGGUGUGGAGUUCUCUAAAAGGUUGUGUGGUAUCUCAGUGAUAAGGAGUGGCGAAAGUAUGGAGAAUGCACUGCGGGCAUGCUGUAAAGGUAUAAAGAUCGGGAAGAUUCUUAUUCAUAGGGAGGGAGAUAAUGGGCAACAGCUCAUCUAUCACAAUUUGCCAAAAGAUAUUGCAAACAGACAUGUUCUGUUGUUAGACCCCAUACUGGGAACAGGAAAUUCAGCUGUUCAAGCUAUAUCCCUGCUCUUGAAGAAGGGUGUCCAGGAAGCAAAUAUUAUCUUCCUUAAUCUUAUAUCAGCUCCCCAAGGGGUACACGUAGUCAGCAAGAAAUUUCCGAGACUCAAGAUUGUGACAUCAGAAAUUGAGUUUGGUCUAAAUGACGAUUUCCGCGUCGUCCCUGGGAUGGGUGAGUUUGGAGACAGGUACUUUGGAACAGAUGAUUAUGAGUCAUCGACACCAUUCUUCUGCGAUGACAAAAAUCGCGUGAGGCUUUUGUGAGCAUUUGCCCAGACACACCAAGCCUUGGCUGUGGCAUCAUCACCAUUUUUCUCCUGCGAAUUCACCUUGUAAACUCUCAGAUCCCACAUAUUGAUGUAUUCCUUGUCAGAAAAAUAUGUACCAUGGAACUUUACAAACAGAAUAUGUCUCACAGCAUAAUUGGAGCAAAUCCUUUUUUU